CCUAUAGCAGCCGCAGCCGUUUGUUGGUCUACUGUGUAGUCUACUGCGCGCUUUUCUGCUACUGUAGCUGAGCACUUCACUGUCUUUGUACACGACAAUAACCGCAGGAGAACGUCGUCGGCAACCUGCCACGUUUCGGCGACAGCGAUGGGGGUGGAAACCGACGCCUCUGCGUUAUCCCGGCCUCCAUCGGGCGUGAAGAGACGUUUGACUGCGCCCACAUUCGCCAUGUACCGCACGCUGGCCGCAGCAUGGCUGGGUUGUCUCUGCGUGGGCGCAGCUGUGGGAUACGCGCCUGCCGCUCUGCGUACGCUAACGGCCAUGCCUACCGCCCAGGGCGGCAACGUGUCCCCGACCAUCUCCGCCGAUGGCGCUAUCUGGUUUAGCUCUAUGCUGCCGCUAGGUGCCGUUGUGGGCAGCAUGUGUGCCGGCAAUCUGUGCCAGUGGCUGGGUCGACGCAAGGCCAUGGUUGGCUGCUCACUCGGAUUCCUCUUAGGCUGGCUGUGGUUGCACUGGGCCGACAGCGUGACCGGUCUGUACUCGGCUCACUUCGCAGCGGGCUUCUCCGUGGGCUUGGUGUCCCUCUGUGCUACUGCUCACAUGGUCGAGGUGGCCGCGGCUAACAAUCGAGGAUUCGUGGGUGGCGGCCUAUUCGUGGCAGUGACUGCGGGCAUGCUCUAUUCCCACUGCCUGGGCCUGCUUCUGGACUGGUCUUGGCUGGCCCUGGGGUGCGCCAUUCCGGCGCUGCUAUUCGCCGCCGUGGCACCCUUCGCAGUCGAGUCGCCCCGUUGGCUCUUGCUACAUGCACGGAGGGAGCGCGCUGUGCAGGCGCUGAAGCGGAUUGGUCUCAGCGGCGCUCACGCGGAUCGCGAGGCGCGCCACAUCGAGGAGGCGUUCACGUGCCUGCCGCCAACGGCCGUCAACGUGCUCCUGGUGUACCACGUGAUGUUCGUCCAGCAGUUCUCGGGCAUCGGCGCAGCGCCGCCGUACAUCGCUGGCUUAGCGCAGGCCGCGGGAGUGACCGUGUCACCGGCGGCGUUCGCCGUUCUGCUGUCAUCGCUGCAGCUUGUGAUGACCGUCGUCUCUGCGGCUGUCAUGGACGUGCUGGGUCGACGCCGCCUCUUCCUCGCGUCUGCGGCCGCAUGUGUUUGCUCUCUGUUCGCUGUGGGCACCGUCAGCUCGUGGGGCCGUGGCAAAGAACCGCACCCGGUGGCACUGGCCAUCGAGUUGGCUCUGCUGGUAGCGUAUGCGAUUGGCUACUCCUUCGGUCUCGGUCCUGUCACGUGGCUUCUGGCUGCUGAAAUGAUCCCCUUGCAGGGCGCUGGCCUCCUGCUGAGCCUGGCGUUCGCCUUCAACUGGCUCAGCUUGUUCGCUGUGACGCUGUUCUUGGACGGGGUCCGAGAUACUCUGAGCUUCUCUGGCUGCGGCUGGUUUUUCAGCGCUGUCACACUGGCGGGCACUUCGCUGGUGUACUGGUUUGUGCCAGAGACCAAUGGCCGCAGCCUCGAGCAGAUACUGAUGGACGUCAACGCGGAAGGCGAAUAGUCUCACUCACUCAUCUCGCUCCAGAACUCACCUUUCGUGAAGCCAUGAUUGAGAAGCGGACCCACCAUUGAAGGGGGGGGGGGGGGGGCGCUUCACGUCAGAUUAGGUAUACGGUUACCAAUUAAGUAACGAAUCUAACGAAUAACCGGUCAGAUGACCUGAUAUGUUUUAAGUAAGCGAUUUAAACAUUAAAUGUAUACAAGCUGCAUGUGAAGAAGAUAUUUUAAAGAUAAAUUGUACAGAUGCACGUGCGUGUGGCUUACAAUAUGGGCCCCAUCCAGAUGCACGCUUGCGCACUAACACGCAUGCGCGUGUAACUUCCACUAUCUACCAGUUCGACAUACAUGACAAGUUAAUAAAGCUUUUGUUUUGUUGUA